AUGGUAAGAAUGGAAACCACAACAGGUUCCGAGAUCGGAUCAGGUGUAGGAUAUUCUGGAUCAGGUUCAACUUCAGUGAUGAAAAUGAGUCCAGGUACACAAGAACUGUAUGAAAGGGAACAAGUACGAAAGUUGGCCAAAGAAUCUCAUUUGAAAGAUGAUCAACAUCAAUGGUUUGAAAGAUUUGAUCAUCAUUCAAUGGAAGGGAGAAAAACACUUCGUGAUGGUCAUAAGACUAAUCGUCGUAAAACACAACAAGUAUCACCGACCCCAACCACCACUGGCACCACCAGCACCACUACAGCUGAUAAUGAGACGCCCAACCCAACCACAAUGACAGCACCUACCCAACCACGUAUGGAUCGUACAGAAUACACUCCAAAACAAAUCCAACACAUCGAACGAAAAGCAAACCGACAGAAACGAGGACGAGAUUACUAUUAUUACCCAGCAGCCGAUAACUUUGUACCGAUCUCCAAAGAUUGUGGUGAUGUGAGUGGAUACUGUGGAAGGAUGAGAAUCUAUGAUUCGAUUCAUAAUGAUCAACUUUUAUAUGAUACUGGUUGUUGUCAUUGUGGACCUUGUUUGAGUAAUAAAGAACGACCUGAGGCUGAGAAAUGGUUGGAUUGUGCUGUGCUUAGUGGGGCUGCUGCUUGUGUUGGUUCAUUGUAUGGUUAUUGCAAGUACAAAUCUUCUUGA